AUGUCUGAUUCGGAGGCGCCUCGCCAGGAUGUGUUAGCUGCCGCCACGUUCAAGAAGGCACCGCAGCGUGCCUGGGUGGACGACCAGGAUGUAGCAGUGGAGCAGGAGACGCCGGCAUUCUUCAAGGAGAGUCACGUCAAACCGGCGUGGGCACUUAGCGACACCGCACGCGCGGACAAGGACCAGUUCGACCCUGACGAAGGCGCCGUUCCGGGCUACGGGCGCUCCGCGGAGGCGCUGGCUCGCAAACGCUUCCGCAGCGAAGAUCUCGACACCUUGCUGUCGCGCAAAGAGCCACUCCUGUCGUCAAAACACGACCGACCUCACAGUGCUGUGCCGACGGUGCUCUCCGUGCUGCCCCUUCCACGUGACUCAGCACGCACGAUCCACUGGCAUCGUAACGGUCAGCUGGCAGUCGUGGGCGGCAACCGGCACAUCUACACCUUCCACGCCGCCGGCGGGUUCGUGGAGCAGCUCUCCAAGGUACACGUAAACAAACGGGUAGAAACGACGGCGCUCUCCGAGAGUGGUGAGGAGGUGCUUAUUGCAGCGCAUGAGGCGUACGCACCUCAGCUGCUGAACAUUGCCACAGAACAGUUGACUCCGCUGACAUUCCUGGACACCCGCGAUACUGCGGUGCAUCGCAACGGUCGGCGCGACAACACGCGAGAGGAGUUCUUCGUCUCAAAGCUGGUGUGCAGGCCAAACGAUCCCGUAAGUCGGGGUGUGGCCAUGGCGCGUGGGUCUUCGGUGACGCUCGCCUCGCUCUCCUCCGGCAGCGUCCUUAGCCACAUCACCGCCGACACGGCAGUCGUGGAUGUCGCCUUUCUCUCCUCGACAGAGCUGGCCAUCGCGACCAAGAACAAGGUUCUUCUCUACGACGUGCGCAAGCUCAGCCGCUUCACCCGCGAGCUGACGGACGACGCCGCACUCGAUAUCACAACUUGCGGCUUCUCAGCUUCUGGUUCAUCUGGUGCGCGUGAACGCGCCAUGGCGAUUGGCUCUGCAAGUGGUGUAGUGAGUGUCUAUGACAGUGCCACGCUGCGGCCGGCAGCGACGACUGCGGCCUCGGUGGCGCCAGGAUCACGACCGAAACUGCUCCGCGAGCUGAAGCAGCUCGUGACGCCAAUCUCAUGUCUAUGCUUCGGUAAAGACAGCCGGGGUGACUCGGUGCUGGCCUUUGCAACGCGGGGGCAGAAGGGUGGUUUCCGUCUCGCACGGAUGCCUGAGUUGAACGUGGUGCCGUCCUUUCCAGCCGUCUCGACACGGCACGGCUUCGUGCAGAGUAUGACCAUUGCACCGACAGUGCCGAUCCUCUCUGUCGGUGAGCGUCAGAAAGUAACAAACUACGCGCUUUAG